AUGUCAAAUUUGAAAGAGCAUACAGACUCGAAAUCGGAACGACAUAAUUCUCGUGUGCUCUCAUCAUUACAACAACCGUCAUCAUGGAAAGACGUCGCACCACUCCAUGCCUUGCUCGAAAGCCAAGACGCGUUGCUAACAAUUUUUGAAUUUUUGGAGAGAAAUUAUGUAGUAAAUCGGUUGGCAUUUUGUUCCAAAUUAUUCUACACUCUGGCUCAUAAACCCUAUCAUUACACGAGAUUGGUAUGGAAUUUUUCAAAAGAUCAACAGGAUCGUCUUGAUCGAACUCGAAAAUUUUAUUCCCAAGUCAAAAAGUUGGAAGUGGAAGAUUCUCUCAAAUUUGCUGAAACCAAUAUUGAAAAGAGAAGAAUCCAAGAAUUUACCAAGUUCAUAUCGGAACAAAAGGAAUCACUCACAGCCAUGGAAUUGGUCUUUCAUAGAAACCAAACAGAAUUAUUUAAUAAUAUUGUGAAUAUUUGUGGAAAUGUGCUGACACACUUGUCGAUCAAAAUUUCAUUACAGGCGGAUUUUGCCAUGAUGGUCUGCUCAAAUUUAAUGCGAUUCAGCAAGCUACAAAGUUUGACUCUAUUGAUUGGAAAUAGUAUUGACUCGGAAAGAGUAUUUGUAUGUUGCAAACCAGUGUUUGAAAACGUUGGUAUUCGACAAUUUCAAUGUUCAUCAACGAUUCGAAAUUCAGAACAAUUACAACAAUUUAUGAGUGUGUUAAAACCAGCCACGGACACAUUGAGAGAAUUGUCAUUUUCUUUGAAUUGUGAAUUUAACAGCGAGCAGCUGCUCUCUGACUUUGCUAACAUGCUGCAACCCAUGAACAAAAUCACGCUCACACUUAUGGAGCUCGCCAAUAUCGAUUUCCUUAAUUCUCUCAACACCCUUUCGGCCAAAUGUGCAGAAUUUAAUAUACGACUGCUGAGUGUGAAAAAGAGUACACACAUUCCCAUUCAAUUGCAAAAUGUGAAUGAAUUUUACGUUGAAGAUGCUCGCUAUGAUCCAGUCAUCAAUGACUUUCCAACGAAUAUGAAACGUUUAACAUUUAUACCAGGUAUCACUGUCAUCAAACAAAGAAAUCAUUUGAAUUUUGCUGCAAUGGAUAUGGAUUUCUUUAACAAAUUUAAAACGCUAACAACAAUUGAAUUGAACCAUGUCAUCAUUGGUAGUAUUGGCCCAAACGCAGCAAAUGCUCUACCCUACUUGGAGAUUUUUAAAUGCACUCACUGUAAGACCAUCGAUGUACGCUCUCAUGCCAUCAUUUCUGAACGCUUGAGAAUACUCUAUUUUGCCAGUUGUGUUUUCACGCAUCGUACAAACUAUUUACCCUAUAAUAAUCUCACUCACUUAAGAAAUUUGACAGUUAUUCAAGUGCCAGGUACUCAAUCUGCGCUCGACCUUCAAGCUUUAGAUGGGUUGAUUUUGGAACAUUUAGAUUUGACCAACUUGCGUUGCACCAACGAUUUCGACUUUGAAAAAUUGUCAUAUAUUGAAACUAUGACUUCAUUGAAAUACUUGAACCUUUCAAACAUGGACAUUCUGACAAAAAUAGCCCCCAAACUUGAUAUAUCCAGACUCACCAAUCUAACCCAUCUCAUUAUGCAAAGCUCCAGCAUUGACGUACCAACCAAACCCUUUUUUCCAAACCUUAAUUUGGAUUUUUUGUUUAAGCAAGCUGUUGUGAGCAUUUCUACACAUCAUUCAACCAUGUUUGUCAACAUUGGAAACAACAAAGAGGAAGUAUUACAAAUUUCAGAGAAAUCAAUCCCAUCCUUGCUUUACAAGCAUCUCCUGCAGAAUAACACCAACAAACCAGAGCUAGAGAACAUUGCCAUUUACAAAGUGUUUUUCAAUGCUGACUUGUUGUAUUUGUCAUAUGUUUUAAAUCCAGUGCCACCUGUUUCAAUAGCAAGCUCGCGCAUCAAUAGCUCUGAUCACGAGUCCUAUACUAUUUAUUGCGUACUGACUAUCGAGCAUAAGCCUCCUCACAAAGUACUAUCAAAUGCUGAAGUGUAUAGAGAAAAGCGACAACUAAUAGAUUCUAACUCAAUCUUUGAAACCAACUGCCUAACACGGCUUUCAGAAUAUUCACACCUUAAAAGUUCCUCAUGCCAAAUUGUCUAG